CAAAACAUCAAAGGGAGCAUCUUUGAUUUUUUUGUUCAGCAUCUUUCUGGAAAGUUAAAGGAAAGUAGUUGAAUUUUUCAUUUCAGGGUCUGUCGCUGCUUCGUCCCGACUCGGCCGACUAUCGCUUUCCGUUUUUCCCGGCUCAUGGCAUUGGUGGCGUCGAGCAAUUAUCUAUCGAGGUUCUUGCUUCCACCUGCCGAGCUCAUCAUCACUUCUGGAAGAUCUAGUAUGACUUUCAUGGCUGGCGCUCUGGUCCUAAGCAAGCGACUCCUAUUGCUUGCGCCGCAGAAUAUUCUUCAUACAUAUCGUAUCAAGAUUGUCGGCAAGGAUAGCCUUUACGCUUUAAUAUUCAGCGCGGACCUAACAUGUACGAACGCAGGUUUUAGGCAUCGCGCACAAUCUUCCCUCCCCCCCCCCCUCCCGGCGGGUGAUCGUAUUCAAUAUGGCAGCUUUGGAACUGGAGAUGAUUAUCAUGUAACUCGGCACUGGUACAGCUCUGAUGUCUGCCGAGGUUUUCGCAAUGGACGUGAUAAAGUGCUAUUCCAAGAGGGAAUUAAGAGCGCUAGUGGUUUGCAGACGCGACUCAUUUUGCCGUAUCUCCUCUCUUGGUCCUAUUCAAGGGGUCUCGUCCGUGGAUCUAACUCGUCGGCCGUGCGGAUCGUUCUAUACCUUUUGGCCAUUCGUUCUCUGAUCAUUCGGCCCAUUGCGAGUGCCGCCCAUGAAAAAGCGUCUACCUGUUACUUCCGGUCUUUAUUAAUCGAAAUAUUUGACACUUUGCGCCAUUUCAUGACUUUCUCUUCGUUUGCGCCGGUGGCCCGGGAGCAACCGCUCCCGGAUGCCGACGACAUGUCCGCGCCUCUUACGGAGAAGUUUCAGUGGUGGGAUGACAGUGAUGUGCAUUGUCAAUUCCUCCACACGAUUACUGCAUUCAAUGUUCAAGACGAGAAUUUCCCUGAAGAAGAAAUGGCGACGACGCCAGCGAAACGAGAAGGUCGUGGUAGAAGUAUCAUGGCCGACAUCCCCGAGAUCCAUUUCGUCGCCAGGGAUCUGCAUAACAGGACGGCUCCACUUACACAAGCUCCUGAACCUUCCAGCUUUCGAUUUAUGGGCACAUUAUCUCUCGACGCUCCCGACCGGCAUUAUCUCCGUCGCACUAUUCGGAGUGCAACAAUGUCAGUUCUCAACGCCUCUCUUUGA